AUGUCUCGGGUCAACUUCAAGGAGAGGUUUUUCAAUGGCGUGUGGACAUUGGACCACAAUCUGCGAAACGAAGAGCGAGACAAGGGGUCGAAGGGACUCGCAGGGGGAAGAGCCGCUUCACAAAAGCGAAAGGCUUCCUUCAAGAGCGAUCAACCUCGAAAGAAGUUUGCUGAAAACCAGUCUAAGGAACAGAACAAGGAUGAGAACAAGGCCGAAGAUCAAGAGGUGCCUAGUGAGGAUUACGAUGAAGAUUUGUUUUCGUUUGGCUACAGCGACGAUGAUAUGCCAGACAAGCUGGAGCCCAAGAGCGAGGGCAGUGAUGAUGGAGAAGGAAUAGAUAUCAAGGAAGAGGACUCUGAGGAUGCGUACUAG